GCUGCUGUCACUUGGUGCCUGCCUCGUUAACCUUGCAACCACUCACCACAACCACAUCGGCCGACCAAGAACCACUCAUUUCUGCUCAUUGCCAGUCCCUGGCACGACACAGCCAUUACGCUCCCUAAUAAACUGGGUCACCAUGUCGGACGACGAUUUUAUGCAGGCCUCGGAUGAGGAGUACGACUUCGAAUACGAAGAUGAGGAGGAGGAGGACAACGGUGAUGUCGACAUCGAGAACAAGUACUACAAUGCGAAGCAGACCAAGACAUCCGACCCCGAGGAGGCAGUGGACGAGUUUCUAAGCAUACCGGCGUUAGAGCCGGAGAAGGGCGAAUGGGGCUUUAAGGCGCUGAAACAGGCCAUCAAGCUGGAGUUCAAGCUGCAGCGCUACGAGAAGGCUACCGAGCACUACCGAGAGCUUCUCACAUAUGUCAAGUCGGCCGUCACGCGAAACUAUUCGGAGAAAUCCAUCGACAACAUGCUAAACUUGAUCGAGAAAGGCGCGGACAACCCUGCUGCGGUGCAGUCCAUCGAGCAAUUCUACUCCCUCACCCUGCAGUGCUUCCAGAGCACCAACAAUGAGCGGCUAUGGCUCAAGACAAACAUCAAGCUAGCCAGACUGCUCCUCGACCGAAAGGACUACCGUGCCGUUGCGCGAAAGCUCAGGGAACUCCAUAAAGUGUGUCAGAGGGAGGACGGCACCGACGACCCGAGCAAAGGCACCUACUCGCUCGAGAUUUACGCCCUCGAGAUCCAGAUGUACUCGGAGACGCGCAACAACAACCAACUCAAGGCGCUCUACCAAAAGGCGCUGAAAGUCCGCUCGGCCGUGCCGCACCCCAAGAUCCAGGGCGUGAUCCGCGAGUGCGGCGGCAAGAUGCACAUGAGCGAGGAGAACUGGACGGAGGCGCAGAUCGACUUCUUCGAAGCCUUCCGCAACUACGACGAGGCCGGCGACCUGCGGCGCAUCCAGGUGCUCAAGUACCUGCUGCUGGUCACCAUGCUCAUGAAGUCGGACAUCAACCCGUUCGACAGCCAAGAGACCAAGCCGUACCAGAACGACCCGCGCAUUGCAGCCAUGACGGACCUCGUCUACGCCUACCAGCGCGACGAUAUCUAUGCCUACGAGGACGUGCUCCAGAAGAACAAAGACCUGCUCGCCGACCCGUUCAUCGCCGAGAACAUCGACGAAGUGACGCGCAACAUGCGCACCAAGGCCGUGCUGAAGCUGAUCGCGCCCUACACGCGCAUGCGACUGGCCUGGGUCGCCGAGCGCCUGCGCAUCAGCGAGCUUGAGGCGCAGGACAUCCUGAGCUACCUGAUUGUCGACGGCCGCGUGCACGGCCGCAUUGACGAGCACCGCGGCACCGUCGAGAUCGAGUCGAGCGGGGAUGUGGAGCGCGCCAGGGCCAUUGAGUGCAUGGCCUCGGCCGUGGCGGAUCUGUACACAGCGAUCUUCAAUCACGGCGAUGGCUUCCGCACCGUCGACAUGGCUGCUGGCGGUUACUCGGAAUCGAUAGCCGAUCUUGCUGGCGUGCAUGAGGGGGCCCGGCCCGGCGCUGCUGGACGGACAUCACGGUUGUUGCGUCGGAACCCGAGAAGAAAUGCGGCGGCCAUGGGGGCGCUCUGAUAGCUCGGAUGACGAAUGUAGGGAAGGCACGUCGCCGACGUGUAUCUAUGAGCGACUAAUGAUUAGACAUGAAUAUUUGCAUCCAGACGAGACCCCUUGACGCUGUGAAUGGCGAGACCACCCCAUGGUGGC